AUAAACACAACACCCCUAGCGUGCCUUCCGACUAGCAGCCCGCAUCGUCCGUUUGUUCGCAACAACACUCGGUCUGCCACAACGCCGUGUCGCCACUUCUUAUUCUUUUGUGCUUUCCUUUCUUUCUCUUCACGCGACUCUGCGCAACAUGGAGGCGCGCGUCGAUUUCGACAUCAAUGAGGCGAUCAAGCUGUUUGACAGCGAUCCCUCAACCAUCCCAACCACGGAAGCGCCGCAAGCACUGCAGGAGUGUGAAGAGGAUCCAGAAGCGCUAUCAUCGCUGUCCUUGAUCAAUAGCGAGCUGAACCCUGUGGUUGAUGCAGUGGCGGAGAACCCAGAUGCGAUCACAUACAGUUCUGUUUUUGACACCAUCCAAUUCCUGCUCAAAAAUUCUUCGCAAAUACCCCCGACCGCUCUAGGCAAGAUCCUCGACUUGCUUGUUUCUGCACUCUCUGCACAAGCCGACAUCGUACACGUCGAUCUCGAAGCUGAAGAGCAAGAUGCGAUCCCACACCACAAGACCAUUCUGGAAAUGUACGCCUUCUUGUUACGAUGGACCAUAUCUGCAGUCGAAACAAGAGCGCUGGAGAAGUCGGCCUCGGCGCCAGCAGCACGAGGGAGGGGCAAGACAGGAAAGUCAAAGACGGGAAGUAGCAAGGACGGGACUUGGGACGCAGCGGCACAACUCGAGACGGCGCUCGAUCGCGUGAGCAAAGUGUUGAAACUGAAACUGGGCCGCAUAUUCGUCACGACGUCAGAGCGAGACACCUUUAUUGGCCUUUUCACAAAGCCAGUGUACCACAUUCUGGAGAACGAAGCCAGGGUUAAGAAUACCGCCAUCCGGAAUCACUGCUUCAGGGUGCUCUGUAUUGCUGUAAAGCAUCAUGGUCACGCAUACACUGCCCAAACAUCGAUUAACCAGUGCCUCACGUAUUUCGAACACCUUUCUGAGCCUAUGGCCGAGUUCCUCCAUACCCUGGCCGACGCUUACGAUUACUCUCAAUUGGCUGAAGAUGUUCUCAAGGAUAUUAGUACCAAGGAGUACAGCGCCACAGACUUGAAGGGCCCCAAGUCAGUCUCGAUAUUUCUAAUCAAGAUUUCUGAGCUGCUACCGAACCUCAUCGUCAGGCAAGGAGCGCUGCUCAACAACUUGUUAGACAGUGAGGCGUACACUCUGCGAUGCGCUAUGAUCGAGGUAUGCGGCAAUAUUAUCAACAUGCUCAGCAAGUUGAGCCAGGACGAUCGCAGCGAUGCCCACAAGAGGAAUAUGGACAUUUUUUUUGAGGUUCUUGAGCAGCGGUUCUUGGAUAUUAAUCCCUACUGCCGUUGCCGAGUUAUGCAGGUCUACGUCAAGCUUUGCGAUCUGCCACAUAUGAGCUCGAAACAAGCGCGCAAGCGCCGGCAGAUGGCUGCAGACUACGCCGAACAAAGCUUGAAGGACAAGAGUAGCAACGUACGACGAAACGCCAUAAAGCUGCUAUCGAAACUCGUUGAGACGCAUCUCUUUGCGGAUAUGUAUGGUGGUCUGUUGUCAACUGAAAUCUGGGAACAGGGGCUUGAGAGCAUCGAGGCGAGUAUCGCGGCGCUGAAACCUCCGGCAGAAGAGCUUCAGGAGCGGACACCAGGCGAGAUCGAUGAAUCAAUGCUGAUCGACGCAACUCAAGCAGAUGUUGGUGUCGCAAAGGAUCCAGGCGAGAUGAGUGCGGAAGAGCACAAUGCUGCAGCUGCAAAGGUAGCGAAGGACCGCGAGACUGUCCAAGAACUUGAAAAGUUCAACAAGGUUCGCUCCUUUGUUAGACAAGCUCUGAGGUUCAUCGAAGUCAUCAAUGACGCGGCCGAGCAGGUGAUGCAGCUGCUUUCUUCGAAGAACAAGAGUGAGGUCAUCGAAGCGAUGGAUUUCUUCACCAAAAUCGAUGCAUACAAGAUUGCAAAUGCCAGGCUUGGUAUUAAGAGGAUGCUUCGACUUAUCUGGACCAAAGGCAACAGCGACGAAGGCAAAGGCGUUCAAGCACACCUCAUCGACUGCUACAAGGACUUGUUCUUCAAUGCGCCUCCAGGUUGUGACGCGAACCAGGCCGCUAAUUACAUCACCCGAGGUAUGAUUAGUCUGACCUUCGACACAACUCCGGCGGAUCUCAUAUCCCUUGAACAACUCCUCAGCACUAUGAUGAAGCAAGGCCUGGUUAACAGCCUAGUCAUUGAGAAGCUGUGGGGCAUAUACGGAUACCAAAAGAAGGACAUAUCCGUAAGGCAGCGUCGAGGUGCCAUCAUCGUACUUGGCAUGUUGGCGCUCUCAUCGCCCGACAUAAUUGUGCAAGAGAUGGAAGCAUGCCUGAAGAUUGGUUUGGGAAAACUCGGUCGUCGCGAUUUCGGGCUUGCUCGCUACACAUGCGUCGCUCUGCGAAGAAUCAGUGCUGCAUCCGGAAAGUUGCAGGCUGGUGAAGCUCCCGCUCCGUCCGUUAAGCUGCCGAACGAUCACGCUGUCUUGAUAAGGUUGGCUGCAAUGUGCGAGAUGGAGUCUGACAACAAGGAAUGGUUCGGAGUCGCAGAUCAAGCAAUCAGUGCGAUCUAUGUACUGUCCAAGCAUCCUGAUGUGCUCUGUUCAGAGAUCAUCAGACAAGUGGCAAAACGCGUGUUCGCUCCAAAGGCGCCCUCCCGGCCAAACACAAGCUCGGGUCAGAAAAGCGACGACUUUGAGCCUAUGGAUGUGGAUGGUGGCGAAGAGAUGCCUGACGCGCCUGUCAACGAGGUUCCGAAUCCGAAGAAACAGAACUCGGCACUAGCAUUGUCGCAGCUUCUAUUCAUUGUCGGACACGUUGCCAUCAAACAGAUUGUCCAUCUCGAACUCUGCGAGUUGGAGUUCAAGCGUCGAAAGGCUGAGAAAGAGAAGGAUAAGAAAACGGCGCCUCGAAAAUCUCUAGCGCCGGAGCCUACACCUAUGAAGAAGGGGCGCAAGAGAGGCGCGCUUAAGGAUCCGACGCCUGCUCCCGACCCUGAAGCAGAUGAUCUUGAUCUCAUGGCGGGUACCAACGAGGAUGACUUCACCGAUGCCAUUGCUCAUGUACGCGAGCGAGAACUAUUAUUUGGCCCACAGUCUCUUCUCGCCAACUUUGGCCCCCUGGUGUCGGAAAUUUGCGCCAACAAUAUCUCUUACAACCACCCAACAUUACAGGCUCAAGCUGCGCUAUGUUUAGGGAAGCUCAUGUGCGUUAGCCAGGAGUACUGCGAAAGUAACCUCGACCUUUUGCUCAAUAUUCUUGAGCGUAGUCAAGAUGCCAUCGUUCGAAGCAACCUUGUCAUUGCCCUUGGUGACAUGGCUGUAUGCUUCAAUCACCUAGUCGAGCAAGACACUGAAUUCCUGUACCGCCGACUCGAUGAUAACGAUCAGAGUGUCAAACGCACCUGCCUCCAGACGUUGACUUUCCUCAUUCUGGCUGGACAGGUCAAGGUCAAGGGUCAGCUCGCCGAGAUGGCCAAGUGUAUUGAGGAUAGGGACAAGAAGAUCGCAGAGAUGGCACGCCAGUUUUUCAGCGAAUUGUCUACAAAAGACAAUGCCAUCUACAAUCAAUUUGUCGACAUGUUCAGCACCCUCAGUGCUGAUAACGGGCUCAGUGAAGAUGCCUUCAAACGCAUCAUCAAGUACCUUGCUGGGUACAUCGAGAAGGAAAAGCAAGCCAAGCAGCUUGCUAAUAAACUCGCUGCCCGCCUGCCUCGUGCUGAGAGCGAGCGGCAAUGGCGAGAUGUCGAGUAUACGUUAGGCUUCCUCCAGCACAAAGACGAGGAUAUUCAGAAGAUGUUAUCUGAGGGAUUUAAGGUUGUACAGGCAUCAGGGUAGAGUUUGUGCAUCACGGUUUCUGUGUUGUCUGUUAUGAGUUAUGCGAUAUGAUACCUUGGGUCUGGUCAUGGUCAGCACGGCGUUAUUUGCUUGUUCAACUUGUUCAAGUCUGGACGAUAAGCUCGAAGUAGAUGU